AUGCCGCCAGCCUUCGAAUUUCGAGGGAAUCGUGGAAACGACCGACGAUCGCACCCAAGACAUGAAUUCACUUUUCGCUAUGCGCGACCUGGGACUGCGGAGCGGCCGCUGCUAAGGACCAAGAGGGAAACCACGCCUGAAAAACUCAUGCCCGAAGUCGAGGAGAAGCCCGGAUUGAAGUUUGCGCCCGUGGCAAAUCUUAGUGACAGUGAAGAGGCAGAUAUGGACGUUUCCACCGAUGACGAAGACAAUGAAGCAUCACAUCCUCGCAAAAAGCGCGCGCUAGGGCCCAACGACGCGAAUAAGCCUGCUGCUCCCGCGCCCACACCAAAAUGGUCCAACCCUGACCCAUACACCGCUUUACCACCUCCACCUCCCGAUGAAUCGCAGUCGAAGAAGGUGGAUGUGGUCAAGUUGAUUCGCAAGGCUAGGGUUGCGGAGAACGCUCAACCGGCCAAGACCGAUGCCGUGGCGACCAACGAGGACUUUAUAUCGCUUGGUGCUCUCGGUGAUGAAGACCAAGGCAAUUCGAAUGCCCCAGAGAACGCGCCCAAGGGGCCUUCACGGCAUCUGCAGGGGAAUGACCCUGCUCUGGGGAGUCGCAAGCGAACAUACGAUGACGAGAUUAAGAGCUAUCCCAAGAAACCCGGGAAGCCGAUGAGCAGGUUCUACGCGGAUGGUUCGAUUAUUGAGGAAUGGAUGGUGCGGCCCUAUGAAUCUGGAUCGCCAUGGUUGAGUCUUAUGGAGCCAGCGUUGCACAUGGGCACAAGAUUGCACAAUGAGAUCCUGAGUUUCUAUCAUUGGGUUAAACCACAGGCUUAUGAGCAGAUCGUUCGAGCAGACUUAGUGUCAAGGUUGCAGUCUGCGUUCCAAACCAGAUACUAUGGAGUCCAGCUGCGUUCAUUUGGUUCAUUUGCGUCGGGGUUGUAUCUUCCCACUGCCGAUAUAGACCUGGUUCUUCUUUCAAGCAAUUUCAUGCGCAAUGGAAUCAAAACUUUUGGUGAACGGAAAGGUCAAAUCUAUGCAUUCUCGGCUUUUCUUAGGAACCUCGACAUUGCUGUUCCCGGUUCCAUAGAGACUAUCGCACAUGCUCGAGUUCCCAUCCUGAAAUUUGUGGACAGAUUGACCGGUCUGAAGGUGGAUCUGUCAUUUGACAAUGACAGCGGACUUGUUGCCAACAAUACUUUCCAGCAGUGGAAGUCUGAAUUUCCGUCAAUGCCUGUGGUCGUUUCUGUGAUCAAACAAUUCCUGCUGCUUCGAGGCCUCAAUGAAGUCCCAACUGGUGGCUUGGGCGGAUUUUCCAUCACCUGUCUCGUCACCAGUCUUCUCCAGCACUUACCGCAUGGACACACAGAGUCGAAUCUGGGCAGUCUUCUCAUGGAUUUCUUUGAUUUCUAUGGUAAUCAUUUUGACUUUGAAGCUGUUGGCAUACGAUUGUCACCACCAGGCUACUUUAACAAGAGAGUAUACCGAGUCUACAGAGAGAACAACAACGCUCGCUUGUCGAUAGAGGAUCCAAACAACCCUGAUAAUGAUAUUUCCGGUGGAACGCGAGAAAUUGAACUGAUCUUCAAAUCGUUUUCCAAGGCACAUCAACUUCUCAAGGGUCGCAUGAUCUCCACUGCCAUGUCAGGAUCGAACGGAAGCAGCAUCUUAGAUACCAUCAUCGCUGCGAAUUAUGAUGAGUACACAGAGCAACGGUGGCAGUUGCGAGAGGUGUUUGAGACCCAUCCCAGAUUCGCUCAAUACCAUCAAGCGCCUACACCACCUCCGCCCCCUGGUCCUCCACCAGCGGACCCUGCUCCCCCGCCGCCUCCAUUGCCCAAUUCCCCACCGCCGCAAGAACCAAAGGAGAAGCUAUCCAAGUUGCAGAGAAAACAACAGGCAUCUCGUGAGCGCGCUGCUCGUCUGAAGAAACUGCGCCCCGACAUAGCCUCUGUGCCGAAAUCCAUAAGCAACGAGCAGGCUAUAAGUCUUGGGGGCUACGGGACACAGUCUGAGAUGGACAAAGACCUUAUGCUCCGCGAGAAAGGGCUUAAAUCGGCCGCAUGA